UUCUCUUGCCAUAGCGGAUACCGAGGCGCACAUCACACACACACUCCUCCACACCGUCAGAGGCGUCGUUUGAAAAAGCGCGCGCAAAAACAAAAACUAACGCGAAGGCAGAAGGAAGGCGAACAAAAAAAAAACCAACGACAAAAGUCGCGCGCGAUUCGUAAGCUGUUUACUUUGCCAUUAUAAAUCCGGCGAGCGCUUUCCCUGUGUUUGUGUUGAUGUUGUGCGAAAAACGAUAGGCGAUUGAGGACACAAACAAGCGAUUACCAAUAGGCCAGAGCCGCUCAGCUUGACAAGUAAUCCAUUUGAAAAUGUCUCCGCAACUGGGUGGUCGACGCCACCGUCACGCCCAUGAGCCGCGACAGGAGCAACAAAACUACAAACUGCAACAAGUACAGUCGCCGCCAAUGGUGCCAGUGAUGCUGCUGCUGCUAAUGCUGACGCUGCUAACGCGGCCACUGAGCGCCUUCUCGAACCGCCUGUCGGACACGAAGCUGCACGAGAUCUAUCUCGAUGACAAGGAAAUCAAGCUCAGCUGGAUGGUGGACUGGUACAAGCAGGAAGUUCUCUUUCACCUGCAAAACGCGUUCAACGAGCAGCAUCGCUGGUUCUAUUUGGGCUUCUCUAAGCGGGGCGGCCUCGCCGAUGCGGAUAUUUGCUUCUUUGAGAAUCAGAACGGCUUCUUCAAUGCGGUCACCGACACGUACACUAGUCCGGAUGGGCGCUGGGUGCGCAGGGACUACCAGCAGGACUGCGAGGUCUUCAAAAUGGAUGAGUUUACGCUGGCAUUCAAGCGAAAGUUCGACACUUGCGAUCCCCUCGAUUUGCGGCUACACGAGGGCACCAUGUAUGUGGUGUGGGCGCGUGGCGAGUCUGAGCUUGCCCUGGAGGACCAUCAGUUCGCGCUGCCCAAUGUGACGUCACCCCACGAGGCGGGCAUAAAGAUGCUGCAAAUUCUGCGUGCCGACAAGAUACUUAUUCCCGAAACCGAUUUGGAUAUGGUGGAGAUCACGCUCUCGAAGGCGCCCAUACCCAGCGAGGAGACCACCUACUGGUGCCACGUGCAGCGUCUGGAUGAGUUCGUUCAACAGCGCCAUCACAUUGUGCAGUUCGAGCCGGUGGUGAAGACUCCGAGCAUUGUGCACCACAUGGAGGUAUUUCAUUGCGAGGCCGGGGAGCAUGAGGAGAUGCCGCUGUAUAACGGUGACUGCACAAAUCUGCCGGCCAAGGCCAAGGUCUGCUCAAAGGUGAUGGCCCUCUGGGCCAUGGGCGCCAGCACAUUCACGUAUCCGCCAGAGGCUGGUCUGCCCAUCGGUGGCCCCGGCUACAAUCCCUAUGUCCGGCUCGAGGUGCACUUCAAUAAUCCCGAGAAACAGGCCGGGCUCAUUGAUAGCUCCGGCUUUCGCAUCAAGAUGUCAAAGAGUCUGCGACAAUUCGAUGCAGGCGUCAUGGAACUGGGGCUGGAGUACACGGACAAGAUGGCCAUACCGCCGGGCCAGACGGCCUUUCCAUUGAGCGGCUACUGCGUGGCAGAUUGCACGAAGGCCGCCCUACCGGCGACGGGCAUCAUCAUAUUUGGCUCCCAGCUGCACACGCAUCUGCGCGGCGUGCGGGUCCUCACGCGUCACUUCCGUGGCGAGCAGGAGUUGCGAGAGGUCAACCGUGACGACUACUACUCGAAUCACUUCCAGGAGAUGCGCACGCUGCACUACAAGCCACGUGUGCUGCCCGGCGAUGCUCUGGUGACCACUUGCUACUACAACACCCUGAACGAUACGAGAACUGCCCUGGGGGGCUUCUCCAUCAGCGACGAAAUGUGCGUCAACUACAUCCACUACUAUCCGGCCACCAAGCUGGAGGUCUGCAAGAGUUCCGUGUCCGAGGAGACGCUCGAGAAUUACUUUAUCUACAUGAAGCGCACGGAGCACCAGCGCGGCAUACACCUGAAUGGGGCACGUUCGGCGAAUUAUCGAAGCAUCGAGUGGAGCCAGCCGCGCGUCGACCAACUCUAUACGAUGUACAUCCAGGAGCCGCUUAGCAUGCAGUGCAACAAAUCGGAUGGUGGGCGCUUCGCGGACCGCAGCUGGGAGGGCGUGGCACCUACGGCUGUGCAGAUCAAAAUACCCAUACACCGGAAGCUCUGUCCCAACUAUAAUCCGUUGUGGUUGAGGCCACUGGAGAAGGGUGAAUGCGAUUUGCUUGGCGAGUGCAUCUACUGAGUGGAGUAAGCCCAAAGAAUUGAGCAUGGGCAUGGCAGCACAAACACACAGACACACACACACACACACACACACGAUUACAUUGGGAUUUUGGGAAUUUUAUUUAAGUUUGUUCGUUUUAAUUGUUGUUUUUUUUUGUUGCUUUAUCGACAUCAUCAGAUGCCAUCAUCAUGGUCACUGGCAGGCGUCGAGCAAACCUUCCUUCGUCCGAUUGAAGGCUUCAAGACAAUAGGCUAAAAGAAAUGUUUUCACUCUUUGAAUAACUAAUGCACUUGCCUCCAACACUCCUCCACCACUUCUGCACUCAGCCACUCGGUUUUGUUUGUGUUGUUUAUGCUGUUCGUGUGGGUUUGGGUGUGCCCGUGCCCCCUGCUGCUGUGGGCCAGGCCUUUGAAAUUUGCCGACUGACAGCGCCGCCAGGCUUAACGUUUAAUACCAAGCAGCAAAGACAGACGCACAAACACCCACACCCCCACACAUAUACACACACACAGAGGAGGUCGCAAGAGAAGUACAGGCCACAGCUGUGCACAGCAACGAAUCCAAAAUUGUAGCAUACUUUUCAGCACCAGCUGCAGAAAUUAAAUGGGCAACUGACUAAAUGAAUGAAAGAAUGACUGAAUGAACGAACGACGGAGGAAGGCCACCAGGGUAAGAGCAAGUUCAGUCCAACUACUGGAAUCUGGUCGGUUAGGUCCGGUCCGGCCCGGUCCGGUCCUUUGCCGUUUGAAUGAGCCAACGGCUCUGUUUAUACAAUAUAAAUGAGCAAACUUCUGAUGCAUUCCGGACGUGGCAAAGCAGCAAGCAGCUCACUCACACUUGCACUUGGACCUAGACUUGAACACAGAGGACACAGUCUUCUGGCAGACGCUAAUUAUCCAGAAGUAAAGAAAUUUGAGCAGUUGCAAGUUUGCAAAUUUGAGUCAUGAAGAUUGAAUAAAUAUUGCCAGCUGCAGAUUUGAGUGCCAAUUGCAGGUUUGAAGAGUCGUACAAAAUGUAGAACAGUUUUUAGCAUAAAGGAAUAUUGCCUUCUGUCAGCUGUCGCUUGUCGUCGAAAAUGGAUCGUACAGAAUGUUUUUGUAUAUGGGACAUGGGCUACCAACAGCCAGGAGCUUAUGUAUUCAUGUAUGUGCCAUUCAAAUGAAAACAUAAAGAAGAUGUCAUAUGCACAGGCACAUUCGAUGGCACAUUUGACAAUUUCCUUUGGUCUUUUUCUAUUUGAUGAAAUCUGACUAAUUGUAUGACAUGCAACAAACUGUUGACUGUUGAUUGCUGACUGGUGACUGAUGAUGAUGAUGAUGAUGAUGAUGCUGAUGACACACGCACACAAACAUACAUAUGAGUAAACAUGUAAUGGAUACAUUUAGGAGUAGCCAACAUAUGUAAGAUGUGAUAAUUGUUCUAUGGCUAUAAACAAAUAUAUAUACAACAA